UAAAUUCCCUCCAAAACAAUCUGGAAAGUCCAGAGUUGAAACGGGUCGUCCGUUAUCGGGUCCGAACGUUCGAAAUCAAUUAAACCCUAAACCCCAAUUCACUUUCACUUUCUUUCGUUACUCAUCCGAUUCGAUCGACUAGGAAGAAAAAGAAUGCCUUCGUUUCCUCCUCCCGGAUCAGUCACCAUCUGCGAAAUCAACCGACACUUGAUUACUGCCGAGGCUCUCUCUGACGAUCUAGCUCGGGACUCUUAUGGGAAAAUUCUCGGAAUGGUAUUUAGCGCUGUUCCAUUUCAAUCGGAGCAGCUGGUAUCUACACCGAGUCCAGAGCGGGACACCGAACGUCAAGAAAGGACAAACGGGGAGACCGCACAAAGGAAGAUUGGUUUAGCAUCAGCAUUGCGGGGGAUUGUCAAUGACUCCCUCAAGCGCCUGUUUUAUCAUCCAAAUGAUGUAAACUUGUUACCAGAGGUUAGUCUUCAAGGAGUAAGCUGGCAUCAACAUAAACAUAUAAUUGCAUUUAUUUCUGGACCACAUCAAGUGACGGUACAUGAUUUUGAGGAUGCAGACGGAAAGGAUCCUUGCAUUUUAACCAGUGAAUCUCAGAAAGACAUAAAAGUUCUAGAGUGGAGGCCGAAUGGUGGAAAGUCACUUUCUGUUGCAUGCAAGGGUGGUAUUUGCAUUUGGGCUGCUUCCUAUCCUGGCAAUGCAGCAUCUGUGAGAUCUGGUGUCUCUUCAUAUUUGGGAACACUCUCUAGAGGAUCUGGAACUCGAUGGGCUCUGGUGGAUUUUCUUCGGAGUCAUAAUGAUGAACAAAUUAGUGCACUCUCAUGGAGUCCUGAUGGAAGAUAUUUGGCAUCUGGCUCAUACGAGAGCGCAUCAUUCACCAUAUGGGAUGUUGCUCAAGGGGUGGGCACACCUAUUCGAAGGGGAUUAGGCGGCAUAUCAAUGCUAAAAUGGUCACCUACUGGAGAUUACUUUUUUGCUGGAAAAUUUGAUGGAACAUUUUAUCUUUGGGAGACAAACACAUGGACAUCAGAGCCAUGGUCUUCAACAAGUGGCUUUGUCACGGGAGCAACUUGGGAUCCUGAUGGCCGUAUGAUACUGGUUGCUUUCUCUAGAUCUUCAACGUUGGGUUCUAUUCACUUUGCAUCAAAGCCACCAUUAUUGGAUGCUCACCUUAUACCGGUUGAUUUGCCAGAGACGAGUUCCUUGAGUAACAGUCAAGGAAUUGAGAAGAUAGCCUGGGAUGCUUCUGGUGAACGAUUAGCCGUAUCUUUUAAGGGAGGGGAUGAUAUUUACAAAGGUCUUAUUGCCGUGUAUGACACUAGAAGGAAUCCUUUGAUUUCUGCCUCACUGAUUGGAUUUAUAAGAGGACCUGGAGAAAACCCCAAGCCGAUUGCAUUUUCAUUUCAUGGAAAGUUCAAACAGGGACCGCUGCUUUCUGUUUGUUGGAGCAGUGGAUUCUGCUGUAUCUACCCACUUAUAUUUCGUUCUCAUAUUCUUCCUUAGGAAGGGAGUUGGUGAUGAAUUUGGAAGUUUAUUUGGUCUCUAUUUUCUUUUUUUCUGUUUUUCUCUCUCGUCCAUACUGCUGGUUCCUUGCAUUUUGUUUCUCUUCCUUAUUUUUCUCCCCUCUUGUUUACUCUGAUAGCCGCUUGUCCAUAAUAUGAGAUCCCAUGUUGACGAAAUCUAGUGAAAACUUUUCAUGUUUAAGAUGUGCCACUGAUUGCUCUUACAAGUUACAUGGCUUUCUACUUCCAUUUUUUGUUUUGGAGACCUACUUUUCCUUUAAAAAGGAUGCGACGGUCUUGAGAAAUUGUUGUUGUUGUAGAGAUUAUGAAAGAACUGGAAAUGCCUUGAUCUGUAAGCCUGGAUCUGUAUAUUAACUCGUUCAAAAUCUUUGGAGCUAUAUCGUUUCCAG